UGGAGCGUCCUGAAGGCGGCUUUCAGUCACGUGACAGAGUCGGCUUCAGACAUGGCGAGCUCCCGGAGACGGCUGGUUUGUUUAUGCUCCGGGAUGUGGAGCCUCCUAUUUUACUGUAUUUACUCCCAGUUAAAGGUGGUUCUGACUGAAGACGUGCAAAGCUGCGAAAACCUAAGACUCGGACAGUAUCUCUGCAAUGAUCCAAAGAUUGAUGAAGUCACUCAGGAGCCGGAGAACUGCAGGGACACCACUGCCUUGGUGGAGUGCCUCCCAGCUCCGAACAUCAGCUGUCGGCUCUCUAACGGGACGGAGUUCAAGUUCAGCGGGAAGGAGGUGGGCUUCAACAAAACCAUCUCCUGCAGGAACGUGAGUGGUUAUUCCUACAAAGUAGCUGUGGCUCUAUCUCUGUUUCUGGGCUGGCUCGGAGCGGAUCGCUUCUACCUGGGAUAUCCUGCUCUAGGACUGCUGAAGUUCUGUACCGUCGGUUUCUGUGGAAUCGGAACCCUGAUCGACUUCAUACUGAUCGCCAUGCAGAUUGUGGGUCCAGCAGACGGAUCAAACUACAUUGUGGAUUAUUACGGCGCCCGGCUGACCCGCCUCUCCAUCACCAACCAGACCUACAGGAAGCCUCACCUGUCUCUGUGAACACACCUGGACAUGGCCGCGCUCAGACAGGAACACUGGUGGAGUCUCUCCAUCCGUCAUGUGACGACGGAGAAGACCGUUGGCGAGCCGAGGAUAUUUCCCCUAUUUAUUCUGUUCCUCUGAGAUCGACUGAGUCUGUACAUCAACAAACAGAACGCUCAAAGAACGAUUCAUUUGAGGCUAAAAGCGACAUUUAUCCGAACCUGCGUCAACGUGACUGAUCAGAAGGCAUUUAAAGGGCCAUUCCGCUGUUUUUUUUUUCUGCCUGUUAAACUGUAAUGCCUCACAUUCCUGCUGAUUGUUUUCCAAAUCAUCCAUCGGAUUUUGGAUUGAGCUCCUUCCUUCCAGCAGCCUUUAGUUCCACUUCAUCUCUGUCAAAAUCAAACUUUGCUCCAGUAGAAUUUUUUCCAUUUUCUGGAAAGAGUACGGGAGGCAACAGAUGUUCAAUUGAAACUUUCAUACUGAUUUUCUCACUUAGGUCACAUUUCUGUCUUCACAUCUGUCCAGUUUCCUGUGUGUGGGCUUUUUUUGUUGUAUUUAUUAGGAUAUCUGGUGGAAUAUAUCGUGAUGAUUCACCGCUGUUGUGUCUUUAAGUUGUGAUGAUUUUCCAUGAAGCUUCACUUUGUAAAUAAAGUUUCUUUUCGUGUUAAUCUA